UGCAUCCCUGGAGGGCGGGAAGGCUGGGACAUUCUCGCCGCCCUAGAUGGAGUAGAAGAUCUGGGAGCUUUGCGAGGAGAAGGCGAGGACAGGAGCGAGGCGCGUUCCUUCGGAGUUUUCUUUUUCUUGCGAACCCUCGCGCACGCACACAGCCAGCCCUUUGGGCUGGCGAUUGCGGACAGGAGGUGGAGAAGCUUCAUCCCCCAGGUGGCUGAAGCCUGGCGGCUUGGGGAGGACCUCCCCAGAGAAGCCGUGCCCAGGAAGUUUUCCGAAGCUGAGGCAACGGUGCAGCCGGGGCCGCCGCCGCGCCGGAUCCCGGGACACUCGCCAUUCACCCUCGCCGGCUCGGCUUCAACUCGCCCGGGCGCCGCACGCGGACCGGGCAGCCGUCUGAGCCCGCGGAGCUCCACGGUGGAGAAAGAAAAAAAAAAAAAGUGUCAAAUCAACAGAUUAAGUGACAUUUCCUGAAAUUUGCAUCAAGAUGGAAACCUUUUGGCUCAGGGUGUCCUUCUGGGUGGCGCUGGUUGGAGGUGUCAUCAGUGAUAACCCUGAAAGCUACAGCACAAACCUAAGCAUCCACGUGGACAGUGUCACCGCUUUCCGUGGGACAGAACUCAGCUUCGUGGUUACCACUCAUCAACCCACGAAUUUGGCCCUCCCCAGCAAUGGCUCAAUGCACAACUAUUGCCCACAACAGACUAAGAUUACUUCAGCUUUCAAAUACAUUAACACUGUGAUAUCAUGUACUAUUUUCAUCGUGGGAAUGGUGGGAAAUGCAACCCUGCUCAGGAUCAUUUACCAGAACAAGUGCAUGAGGAAUGGCCCCAACGCGCUGAUAGCCAGCCUUGCCCUUGGAGACCUUAUCUAUGUGGUCAUUGAUCUCCCUAUCAAUGUAUUUAAGCUGCUGGCUGGGCGCUGGCCUUUUGAACAAAAUGACUUUGGCGUUUUCCUCUGCAAGCUGUUCCCCUUUUUGCAGAAGUCCUCAGUGGGGAUCACCGUCCUUAAUCUCUGCGCUCUAAGCGUUGACAGAUACAGAGCAGUUGCCUCCUGGAGUCGUGUUCAGGGAAUUGGGAUUCCCUUGGUCACAGCCAUUGAGAUUGUCUCCAUCUGGAUCCUUUCUUUUAUCUUGGCCAUCCCUGAAGCCAUCGGCUUCGUCAUGGUACCUUUUGAAUACAAGGGUGCCCAGCACAGAACCUGUAUGCUCAAUGCCACGUCAAAAUUCAUGGAGUUCUAUCAAGAUGUUAAGGACUGGUGGCUGUUCGGGUUCUACUUCUGCAUGCCUCUGGUGUGCACGGCCAUCUUCUACACCCUCAUGACUUGUGAGAUGUUAAACCGAAGGAACGGCAGCCUGAGAAUUGCCCUCAGUGAGCAUCUCAAACAGCGUCGAGAAGUGGCAAAAACAGUUUUCUGCUUGGUUGUAAUUUUUGCUCUGUGCUGGUUCCCUCUCCAUUUAAGCCGCAUUUUGAAGAAAACUGUGUAUGAUGAAAUGGACACGAACCGAUGUGAAUUACUUAGUUUCUUGCUGCUCAUGGAUUACAUCGGUAUUAACUUGGCAACCAUGAAUUCGUGUAUCAACCCAAUAGCUCUAUAUUUUGUGAGCAAGAAGUUUAAAAAUUGUUUCCAGUCUUGCCUCUGCUGCUGCUGUUACCAGUCCAAGAGCCUGAUGACCUCGGUGCCCAUGAAUGGCACAAGCAUCCAGUGGAAGAACCAGGAGCAAAACAACCAUAACACAGAGAGGAGCAGCCACAAGGACAGUAUCAACUAAACUGGAGGAACAUUUAUCGGUGUACUUCAAGCCCUACUGGAGGAAAAAAUCAACACAGCAACUGUGUCUCCAGGAAUCUGUUCCAUCCUUCUCUCGUGACUCAGCCCCACCCCCUGGAAAAACAUUUCCCAAAACUUUGAAGGGCUGACUGGUUUAUACCCACGAAUUCAACGAAUCUUACUUCUUUGAUUUAUCUGAUUUACAUAUUCUGCAUGUUAUAUUCAGCCCUAAAAAAUGGUGGGAGUUGGCAGGGGGAAAGGAGAUUGUUCAGUUAAACCAGAAGGAUAUUUACUACCUUUGCAUGAAAAUAGAUUUUUCGAGUACAUGGCAAACUUUCAUGGUGGUUCUGUAGAAUGUUCAAUGAGAGCAGUCACCAUGAAAAAGUUACAGAGAUUGUAACAAGAUUUUCUAUUUUUUUUUUAAAGUAAUUUUGGUUUUUUGGCCAAACACAGUAUGGGUUUAUGUCUCCUUUGUUUGAAAUGUCAUUCAGUGCCAGUAUUUUUUAACUGCAUAGUAGCCUACAGAUGAUGAUCUGAGCUCAUUGACACAUAUUUUUGCCCCUAAAAACACAUAAAACAGAAUUCAGGUGAGAAAUAAUGUUAGUGUUUCUUAUGUCACUGGCUUAUUUUUUAAAACAUAAAUUCUUAAGCUGCAGGAGCUUACAGGACCUUAAAGCACAGACUGAUAUCCAUAUAUGGCAGUUUAAUAGCUGCUAUGCAAACUUUUUAAGAACCUAUAUUUUCUUUUUUAAUGGGGUUUCAUUAUAGGAGAUCUUGUGCCUAUUUUUCUGUCAGAUUGAAAAAUAAUGCUUGAAUCAAACAGUUCUAUUUUUCACAAGCCUAGUUUUUUAAUGGAAGCAUUUUAUGUAAAAAUCAAAAUACCAUUUACUAAAAUUUAAAUGUAUGUAUCAUUUAACUAUGCCAAAGACUUUCAGUGAAAUGCAUAGAAGUCCAGAACAAAGCAAGAAAAAAAGGAUUGUGUAUUUUUAGAAGAUUUGGAUAUUCUCAUUGAGGUUUAUUUUUGGUAAUAGUAACAUGUAUAUGUGUGUGUGCAAAUAUGCACGUAUGUAUCAUGUAUAUAUAUACAUGCAUAUACAUAUAUACAUGUAUGUAUAUAUUCCUUUGCUUGCUUUUAAAAUGUUAACUGACAGAUUAUUUUUGGUCAUUCCUUUUUCAUAUAGGAAUAUGGAAAACAUAAUUUCAAAGCGGCCAGCUGAGUUUAUCGUGUCAAUGAAAUAUAAUUACUCCCAGAUGCCACCAUGAACUUAAGGUUCUUCAUGUCCCUGGGUUUUCAGUAUGAAUCUAAAUGCUUUCCCUACCCACACUCCUCACAUGGUCACCAUUUCAAAAGGCCCACAGUGACUUCUGCUGGGCAUUUUCCACGAUGUUUACAGACUGUGAGUACAGCAGCAAAUCUUUUACUGUGUAUAUAAAUAUAUAUGUAUAUAAACAACCGUAAAUUUCUUUUAGCCAGUUUUUCUGUGAUCGUCUCUGUGGAAUGUAUCCGUGUGUGUGGUAUAUGCCUGAGGUCAGAUGGCAUGUAUGGAUUUCAUGUAAUCUAAUAUUAAUGCCUUGCAUUUGUGCCAAAGCACACACUCCAAAUGGAAUCUAGGUGGCUGUUCCUCAAAACAACCAACCUGUCGGUUUUAAUCUAUCCAUGUUCAUAAAUCUCAUGACCAUGUUACCAUUACAAAUGGAAUGUGAGAGGCCUCAUGAAAAAGGAUGAGCCAUGGGUUGACAAGGGAUUUUGGUUUUUUGGUUGCUGGUUAGUUGAAAAAAAGCAGUAUUUGGGGUUGUAUUUUUUCCUGUGCUGGAGCAAAAUUCAUUAAAGUCUGAAGUAUUAUAUUGUCCCAGUCCUCAACAUGGUGAUGAGACUGACAAGUGGGCAAAUGCUUCUAUCAGAUUUCACCAGAAAAAUGUCUGAUGAUAAAUUAGCUCAGCUGAUUCCUUGGGCUGUAUUUUAGAACAGUCAUGUAUAAAAUGAUAGCAGGUGCCAGCCAUCCAAUUGCAGGGCUCAUUUGUGUGUUAGCAGUCAAAUUCCAUUAGUCCAUGGGUGCAUCACAGGCAGUGAUAUAGCCCUAUAAUAUAAGCCGUAGGUUCACACCAUUUUGUUUAGACAGUGGUCUUUUUCUUUAAGAUGCUUUGUCUCCUGCAUAUCAAAAAUGCAUUUUACAAGUUCAGAAAGCCAUAGAUUUCUGAAUAACCACACGGGCUUCCAUGUGCAUUUUGUUUAUGGACCAGUAAGUGACUGUGGUUGAUAAGUAGGAAUAUUUCCAGUUUCUACGUUUAUCACAUCUUUCCAAGUAAAUCUGUAGAAAUGAGCCAGAAGCCAAGGGCCUGCAUUGGCAGUGGCCCGCAAGUACAAAAUAAACGUUUACAGAAGCCU